AUGUAUUCAGUCAAAUCAAAAUCCAUUUUCCAUUUACUGCCUUCCACUAUCUUUGACUGUUGCCUUACCUCCCACCACCUAAGCGCAUACCAGCUCAUCUCAUCUCAAAUUUCAACCACCAUUCAUUCUCUGGUCUGCCAGUACACCUCACAAACCAAAAAAGAAAUGUCUGAGAUCAACGUUGACACUGCUACUCCAGAGCAACUCCGCGAUAUUUUGUGUGACACAAACACCGCCUUGGCCAACCGGUUCAGAGCUCUUUUCAACUUGAAGUGUCUCGGUCAAGACUCCACCGAGGAGAAGACCGUCCAUGCUGCCAUUGACUACAUUGCCGCAUGUUUCGCUGACAAGUCCGAGUUGUUGAAGCACGAGGUUGCCUAUGUGUUGGGCCAGAUCAAGAACACCUAUGCUAACAAGUACUUGAAGCAGGUCUUGGCUGAUUCAGAGCAACAGGUGAUGGUUCGUCAUGAGGCAGCUGAAGCCAUCGGUGCUAUCGGUGACGCCCAAUACGUAGAGAUCUUGGAGAAGUACUUCAAGGAGGACCCUUCGAUCGAGAUCCGUCAAACAUGCGAGUUGGCCCUCGAGAGAAUCCGUUGGGAGAACUCCAACGCCGCCAAGGCCGAGAACUUGCAGGAGUCUGCUUUCACAUCUAUUGACCCUGCUCCUCCUAUGCCAACCGAUGUAGAGCUGAAGGUCGAGAAGUUGCAGAAGAUCUUGAAUGACCAAGACGUAUCCUUGUUCGAGAGAUACAGAGCCAUGUUCCGUUUGCGUGAUUUGGCCACAGACGAGGCUUGUCUUGCUUUGGCCACCGGAUUUGAUGACCCUUCUGCAUUGUUCAAGCACGAGAUUGCUUAUGUGUUUGGUCAAUUGUCGAACCCAGUCACCGUUCCUUCUCUUGUGAAGGUAUUGAAGGAUGAGAGCCAAGCUGGUAUGGUUCGUCAUGAGGCUGCUGAGGCUUUGGGAUCCAUUGCCACUGAUGAAGUGUUGCCUGUGUUGAAGUCGUUCUUGAACGAUGAGGUGGAUGUUGUGAGAGACAGUGCUAUUGUUGCUUUAGAUAUGUAUGAGUACGAGAACUCCAACGAGUUAGAGUAUGCUGUCAAGAGCUGA